CACCUCAUUCGCUCACUGCUGCUUUUCACUUCAAGGCACAUCCUUUGACCUAAGCAGAUUAUUGUGGACGCAUGAAGGACACAGCAAGAUAUCCGUGCUUUUCAAGGGGGAGAUUUGGCUCCAAAAUAGGACACUAAGCCUUUCGACUUAUGCUUAUUUACCUAGUCAGCUAGAUGCAGUGUCUCUGGGUGCUUAGUGGACUCCUGUGGAAUCAGCCAGGAAACAAAAGCAGAAGUGGCAGCCGCUGCAAAUGUGGGAGUCUGUGGCAUUAAAGGGAAGCAGUUGCUAAUAAGGGCCUGUGAGACCUAGGUUUCCUUGGUUUCCAUGACAGUUAUUAGGUAGCAUAGAAAUUGAAUUGUCUCCCACAAUGCUCUGGGGGGAGAAAGGGGUGCUCCAGUGACAAGGCAGAGUAGUUAUUACUUGCAGUAACUCGUCUGUCUGAGAAUGCAAAACUCUCUGGAUCAUUACGUUGUGCAGAUUUUUUUUCUUUCCCAAAUGUGGUUCGCUUUACUUUUUUGAUGGAAGACUCUGGCUUGUGCUACAGUGUCUCAAAUAAUAUUUUCCCCUUUUUAUUUAGAAACUGAGCUUGGCAAAGCCAGGAUAUGAACAAUUAUACAGGUGGGCUACUCUGGGGGAGUGAAGAUAUAAGGCAUCCAAUCAGGUAUUGGCAACCUGCAGCACUGUCAAAAUGCCCCUCCAACAGAUUUCUGUAGUCCCAGCGCGGGAGACGGCCAGCAAUGGGAGAAGUUCAAUGGGCAGAAACAAAGAGAAGAGCAAGGAAGUCGAGAACAAGCGAGGCACAGCCUUCUCUUUAUUGUAUUGACUACUCAGUACAGCAUUUAGUCAGCAUCCGACCCUACAUUCGAAGAUUCACUUUGAGAUUCGUCUUCAAUCUGGAGCUCUCGCCAAGAAGCAACUGUCUCCUUCGACUGCAAGUUUAAAUUUCAGACAUUGAGAAGGGAUAAGUGGAAGGAGAAAAUGUUGGGCUGGUGUCAAGCGAUAGCUCGUAACCCUCACAGACUCCCAAACAUCACAAGAACACCCGAGGUCUCAGGUGAUGCUUCACAUACCUCUACCUUGAAUGACAAAUCCCCAGGACGCUCUACAAGUCGAUCAAGUAACAUUUCAAAGGCAAGCAGUCCUACAACAGGAACAGCUCCUAGGAGUCAGUCACGGUUGUCUGUAUGCCCUUCUACUCAGGACAUCUGUAGAUCUACCACCUUGCAUGAUGUGUCAGAAGAUGAGUUUGAACAUGCAACACCUGUCAUGGUGCUGACCCCUGCUAGUAGGGAGUCUGGUAAGAAACAAGUGAAACGAAGGUGUAGGCGGAGGAAAGAGACUGGUGACAAUGUUGAGCAUACAGAAAAGCAAAGAAAAGAGAAGGACUCCAGAUUGUACCCAAUGGUUGCAAGCUCCAGAUGCAAUGCUUUGCACAAGGAAACAUCUGAUUCAUCAUCCUCAGAUGAGAAUCAGUGGGCUCAGGCUAGAAGGAGAGCCAGAGAAAAGGUUAAAAAGCCCAGGAGAGGGAGAAGGAGCAAUAGAUCUUGCAGUAACACAGAUGGAUGUCCAAAUAACAAUGCCAUUGAACUUGUCACUCUGGGGACAACAGGGGAAAAGAAAAAAGAGGUGUCUGAUUCUGAUAACCACACUUUAAAUCACCGGAGGAGAAGGGUUUCAAGAUGUAAAGAAUCUUGCCUUUCGCUGUCUUCAGUGUCCUCUCUGGAGGCGAGGAAUUAUUCAAGAAAAUGUGGAAAAAACAAGGGCAGAAGCUACCCCCAAGAGCUGCAGUCUUCAUCUCACCUUAGACAAAAUAAAGUGGCCGAGGAAGGUUUUACAGAGAGAGGCUCUGGCAGUGAUACUCUGACAGUUCCAGAAAAUGGAGAACCUGUUGGGGCAGCGCCCAAUGUGACUGAUGCAGUUCAGAAACUUCCUGUUUUAUAUGAUGACUGGUCUGAUGAUUUAGAAGUAUGCAGGAUCUGUCACUGUGAGGGAGAUGAUGAAAGCCCCCUCAUCACACCAUGUCGCUGUACAGGGACCCUACGCUUUGUUCAUCAGGCCUGCCUGCACCAAUGGAUUAAAAGCUCAGAUACACGCUGUUGUGAACUCUGCAAGUAUGACUUUAUAAUGGAGACCAAGCUCAAACCUCUCCGGAAGUGGGAGAAACUACAGAUGACAACAAGUGAAAGGAGGAAGAUAGUCUGUUCAGUUACAUUCCAUAUUAUUGCUAUUACCUGUGUUGUUUGGUCAUUGUAUGUUUUAAUAGAUCGGACUGCUGAGGAAAUUAAGCAAGGCAAUGACAAUGGUGUCCUUGAAUGGCCAUUUUGGACAAAACUGGUUGUGGUAGCAAUUGGGUUCACUGGAGGCCUAGUCUUCAUGUACGUACAGUGUAAAGUCUACAUUCAGUUGUGGCGCAGAUUGAAGGCUUACAAUCGAGUGAUCUUUGUUCAAAACUGCCCGGACACUGCCAAAAAACUGGAGAAGAAUUCUUCAUGCAUUCAGAACUCUGAAAUCAAGGAUGCUGUGGUAGUGCCAGUAUCACAGACAGGUACAAACUCUCAGCAAUCAGCUGAAGAAAUGACCUCUGAGGUCAUGCCAGUUUGACAGAGGUGGCAUUGUUUCUUCAAUGACGGUGUGUGUGUGUUUUUUACACCACAGCUACUACAAUCAUGCAUUUUAAAUAAAAGAACAAAAAACCCUGACCAGGGAAAUGGAUACAGUGAAGCAACAUGCAUUACUUAUGGAAUGUGACCGUUUGUGAAAUAGUUUCUCAGUCAGCCAGGUGUAGUGGAAAUGUAGAAAGCACAACAGAGAACAAUUCUCACAGACAUGACAAAAUGACCUUUUUAACUUGAUGAUCAGGAGGAAUUGAAAACAGACCUGUUCUGUUACAGAAAACAUCAACAACUUUCUAUUUGUUACCACUAGGCAUCUUAUUCGCUAAUCAUCUUAAAAAUACACUUCAGGGUGACACUACUAAAAAGUCAUUUGCAUUAAACUUAAAUCAACAAAGUAAACAGACCUGCACCAUGUCACUCACUUUCUAAAGUAAUCGUUGAAUGGCUACAUUGGAGCCUGAAUGUUUUGGCAGCCAUGUGAGCUGAGGAUGUGUGUGUUUUUUUUUUUUUUGCAAAAUAAGCAAUUUCAACAAGUAGUCUUCAAAUUGCCUCAAACACUUCCUUGGUCCCAUAAAAUACAAGUAUUAUUUAGCCACAAGGCUAAAAUUAUUGGCUCUACAUCUGGAACAACACUUUUAGUGCUGCUUAUCUUAAAAUAAAAUAAAGACUUGUUAAGUGGUGAAUUAACAUGAACACUCUGCCUACAUAUAUAGAAAGGAUAUAUAGAAAAGUUUUUCUCCAAAAUGCAAAAAGACAAAGUAUAAUCAGAGGCAUUACAGGUUGAAGUAUGCAGUUCAUUACAAAAGAAUAUGAAAUGAAUUUAUACCCUCACACCCCUAGGAAUGACAGUUAAAGUGUGGGGGGGCAGAGGUAGAAUUUUUUAAGACUUCAUGCUUCAACAAUUAAGGUAAUCACAAAAGAGCAUACCUGGACCUAUUAAAAGACGCCAGUAUCGCCCUGUUCUGACUUGACUGGAUAGUUCUCCUCUGUUCAGGAUAAGACUGUGCGAUUAGGGAUUCAACAGUUCAGUUGUUAAUUUUGUGUUUUGAGCAUUUUCAUGUAAAACUGAAGUGUGAAUAACAUUAAAGAGUGCAAUAGAUAAAUAAAUGUAGAUAAAAUGAUGUCCAACAAAGGUGAGUUACAUAAAGAAUUUUGUGAUUCACUUCCAA